AUGGGGCUCAAGAAGUUUUUCAGAUCUGAAAAGGAAAUGUCCAAAGAGGAAGCAAAGGAAUUCUUGCAAACAAAUGGAGUGGUUGUUAAAGACGAUGCCGAUUACUAUAAAAGGAAGUUCAAGUUUCAGGAGUUUGGGAAGCUUGUACAGGACAAGCCAAUCAAGGACAAUACACUAAGGCCUGUAAAUAACAGCAGAAUGACUGCCUAUGGCGACUAUGAUGAUGACUACAACCCUAGUGGGAAUAACUAUGAUUCUAGCUACGGCAGCUCCAAUCAAGGAUAUGGAUAUGAUGCAUAUACCAGUGAGUACUCUCCGGGCACGAGAACACAAAAAGAGUACAGAGCACCUUCAAGUACAAACACUGGUAGGCAUGACAGACCACAACCAGCAUAUAGCAGCUCGUAUUCAUCUCAAGCAAAUGGUGAAAGAAAACCCAAAAAUAGCAGGUCACAGCCACAAAAUUAUAAUUCGUAUUCUCAACCGUCUCGGACAUCAGGCAAAUCCUCCACAAUUUACGGAUGCUCUCCAAGUGAAGGCGCUUCACAACAAUCAAUAAAAGAUAUUCCCAGGAAUGAUAAUAAAUAUGGAUAUGAACCGUCAAUUUCAAAUUAUAAUGAAUCUAAUGGAUACGGCUUCGAUCCUUAUGAAGAGACUUCGGUGGUGUCCAAAGCCGGAGAUCCAAAUGCAUUAAGCAAAGUUGAGACGUCAAAUACAACAGUCACAAAAUCGACAUACGACCCAUUUGCACCGGGCGAAGAACCUUACGGUAGUUACAGUGGCUAUGGUGGCUAUGAAGUACAGGCCAAACAAGAAGAGCCAGAGGAUGAUGAUCAAUUUGAUGGUCCUUAUGGUAAUUCUGUUGAUCCUUACACCGCUCCAUAUGCCCAGCAACAAGAUGCAGCCACUAUUACGGAUGCUGCAGUCAAUGAUGCUGCGACAGGAAUGCAGGCACUACAGUUACAGGAAGAACAGAAACAAAAGCAGGAGCAAGAACAAAACCAAGGUUUUGACCCCUACGGGCCUACGGUAUCCACCCAAACUGAUUUGGAUUUGAAUGAUUAUCAACCGGCUGAACAAGCAUACGAUGAGGAUGAAUUUGAGGAGGAUUUAGAUGAGGAUGAGGAGGAAUUGAAUAGAAUUCAAAGGCAGACCAAAGAUGUUAGAGAAGAUACUGUUCAGCUAUCCCGUCAAUUAGUCGAUAAUCUUGUACAGGCAAAUGACACAGCUACAAAUACCCUUGGUGUGUUAGGAAGCCAGCGGGAGAAAAUUUACGAAAUGCAAAACAAUAUAGGAACGAUGAAAGUGCAACAAAGAUUUGUUGAUGACCAUGUCAAAGAUCUCGAACAUUAUAACCGUAGUUUAUUCCAUAUUAAGGUGUCAAACCCAUUUACUAGAAAUUCAAGAAGAAGGGCUAAAGAUCAGGCGUUUUUAGCUCAAAGACAGGAAGAUCGUUCAAACAAGGAUCGUUUAAAUAAGGACUUACUGAACUCUCAAAAAGCUUUAAUAAAUGGUUUGAAAGUUGACCAAACCAAAUCUGAAUUACAAGAAAAAUACGAUUAUGACCGUCGUGUCAAGGAAGCUGCUAAAUAUUUAACGAAGGAUCAUGACGAGGAAGAUGAACGUAUGGAAGUGGAAAUCGGCACAAACAUCGAUCAAGCGCAAAAGUUUGCAAACCACUUAAAGAAGAAAGCCGAAGCAAUGAAUCUAGAAAUCCAACAGCAGAACAGAGACCUUAAUGAGGCCAGUGAAAAUGUUGAUCACUUGGACGACAAGAUAGUUAUGACUACCAGAAGAAUUAGAGGAAUAUAA